CGUGUUGAGCCUUUCUCAGGAGCGAGUCCUUUGCACUGCACACCAGCCAAGAGGAGGAAACUGCAGCUGUUACUUAAAACACUGCCUUUUGAUGACCUGCUUUGCAUUUGGACACUUGUAGACCAGAUUUUUCGGUGCUUCAUUAGAGGGAGGGUAAGCCUCUGGACUCAAACUCGAAGAGCGAGCAAGACUCACCUGACCACAGUGGUGGAUAUCCUUCCUGCAACUGUUCAUUUCAACAUAACAAAAACUAGUUCUUAUCACCACUACAUUCGCCAGCCGAGCAGAUCACGAACAGGCUCCAAUUUCUGCGCUGUGAAAUUGAAUCAGAGGAACGGAGAGGCAAUACAGCAGAGGCAUUGUGUCCCGGCAAUUGAAACACUAACCAGCUGAAAAUAUCAAAGACCACUCUGGACAAAGCGUUCCUCUCAAACCUCCCUUGUUGGUCUAAAAUCUGCUGUUGAAGUAGAAAGUGAUCAAAAGCUGCACAACACUCAGAGAGGAGAGGGAAAGCAAAGGGGGACCAUACACGAGGGCAAAGGAUUGCGUGCAGGUGCCGGGGCUGCCAUGGUGCGUGGAGGUGGCGUGGCAGUAGUUCCGUCCUGCUUGGGCUUUUGGGUGUUCGGCGCCCUGUCGCUGGUGGCGCUGUGCUUAUCAGACCAGGCUAUCCGCUGUCCGGUGUGCUCCGAGGAGAGGCUGGCCAGCUGCCGACUGCCGGAAGGCUGCGAGGAGACGGUGCGCGAGCCCGGCUGCGGCUGCUGCCCCACCUGUGCCCUGCCUAAAGGGGCUCACUGCGGUGUCUACUCGCCCCGAUGUGGCACGGGCCUACGCUGCUACCCGCCGCGUGGCGUGGAGAGGCCACUGCACUCGCUGAUGCACGGCCAGGGGGUGUGCACCGAUGAGAGAGAGGUGGAGGAGAACUCAGCGAUGGACAGGCAGGAUGAGAUCAUCCCUGAGCACCCAAACAACAGCAAUAUCCGGUGCAGUCCUCAAGACAAGCGCUGCAUACAGAAGACCAUGGCCCGACACCCUCCGAAAUCCACAAAUAUGAGAAGCAACAACGGCAGGGAGGAGACCAAGGCGGCGUUGGCUCCCUGUCGUGCUGAGCUGCAGAGAGCGUUGGACAGAUUGGCAUCAAAUACCCGCACGCAUGAUGAUCUCUUCACAAUCCCCAUACCCAACUGUGACAAGAACGGAGAUUUCCAUGCUAAACAGUGUCAUCCAGCACGUGACGGCCAGCGGGGAAAGUGCUGGUGCGUGGAUCAGAAGACGGGCAUGAGACUCCCGGGGCCACUGGAGCUGCGAGGGGAUCUGGACUGCCACCAGUUAAUGACUGCUACCCUGAGGGACUGAGGAAUGAAGAGUGGCAGUGGGGGUGCAGGACCAGCUGAACUCUACUGGUGCUUAUUAGUAGGACUACACAAGGAAAGGACUUCGCUCUAAAGCCUCGCUUCACCUGAGGUCGAUGGUACUUGAGCUUGCGCAACAAAAAGGAAACCAUUGAAUUGAGUUCUUUUGCUAUUUUGUUUCUGUGUGUGAGAGUGUGUGAUGUCUGAGUCUUUUGAGCACUUGAUGUAUAUUGUUUCUACCAUGUGAGCUUAAGACAGAUAGUCUUUAGACACAUGUGCUUUGAAGUAACAGGUGGCAGAAAAAAACCUUUCACAGAUAAGUCGUAGUUGUGAUGUUUGUUAGAGAGCAAAAUGUGUUGUUUCCUCUAGUCUAACUUCAGUAGAGUACUCUUGAAAAGUAAGAAAAUGCAUCAACCCCACCAGAUAAUCAGACCUGAGAUACAAGAGGAGCUGGUAGCAUCUGUUUAAUUCUUUAUGGAGCACUAGAUCAGCUGCAAUUACUGCAGAAAGAUUAUCAAUUAAAAGAUUAUGUACUAGUUUUUCACACAAUGUGUGUAAUUGUUUGGAACAUGUGGCUCUUAUUCUACUGUCCUAUACGUAUGUCAUAAAAACCCAACCCAUCUGGUAAGUAGGUUCAAACAAACCAUAAAAUGCGUUUGCAAACACAAAGUCUAGUUCAGCGACAACACAAGAGCAGCAAUAAAAGACGGACUGAGAAGAACAGAUCAAAUGAAAAAAGAAACAGGGGUGACAAAGGAAUGCCUUGAGUUAUCAGAUGAUAAGCCAUAGCAUUCACAAUAUCAAGACCAAACUGAAAAGAGCGAGAGUGUGAAAAACUGUAUCUCUGAAGGGCCAGAAUAGAUUUGCUUCAUUACCCCGUGGUUAACUCUGCAUCCUCCUCUCUCUGCUGACGUGCUCUCUCGAACAUCGCAGUCCAGAAGGACUGGCAGAGUAGCUGGGCUAGAAACUCUGUACACUGCUGAUAGGAUAAUCUUAUUUCUCCAGCUGGUGCUGAGAUGCCAGUGUGACUCUCGUAUGAAUAUGCUUCAACAUACAGGAUUUCUCUCCAGACUGCUUGGCAGAACUUUGGUGGUGCUAUAUACUGAAUGUGCCAAAAUGCAAAACAAACAAAAAAAAGGCUUCUGGACUUUUUUGGGCAUUGUUUAAGAUCGAAACAGAAGACUGGGGUAUUCAGGAAGAAGAGCAAUUAGCAUCAGCAAGCGUGAGGGUCACCUACAUGUGUGACCAUCUUAACAAGCUCUCACUAAGGCUUUCCAUGUGCGUUUUCAAUGUGAUUGUUAGACUGUAAAAGUAACAUCCCACACUGGCUUUGAACCAUCACUGCAGCUAACAGGCUGAAUGUUCCAUUAGCCAGCGCUGUAAACUGCAGGUGUGAUGCGUUAUAAAUACACAGGCAGAGUGUAGUAGGUUGUAAGGUUUAAGCUCCUGGCAGCCUAGCCACUCAUAGUUAAUAUGAAGCUUCGAAUGGAGGACUCUGGUGUAGCAGUGAAGAUAGAAUAAAGAUUUUGCGGAAACUAGAAUUUCCUCUCUUAAUCUGAAAAUGAUAGCUUGCAGUUUUCAUGUUGUCUGUAGAGCAUCACACUAAAAAUUAACUACCAGCGCAAGUGACAUAGCUACUCAUCACAUAUUUUAGAUACCAUAGACGAGGCUGGUAUUAUUCUUAUAGCAGUUUGAUUGUCCUGGUGUUGUAUACUGCGAGUUUAGGGCAGUGGCAGGUGUAAGCUAAUGCUGGUGUUAGUCACCAUCAGAUACGGACAGCCUCCUCCACCUGCUCCAUGGGAAACUUGGGUUAUUAUUGACUCCAGCAAAAAUUCAUCUGUGUAGACAGUCUGUCAUUAUUGGUAUCGGUGAGCCUGAGACAGAGAGCACAGCAGGCCUAGGGAGUAAGCGUCAGGUCACCCCCACAGAAAACAGCAUAAAUGUCAGCCUGUCAGCAAAUCAUUGGUGUGUCGAUUACAGUGCAGUCAUGUCAGAUAUGUUGGAAAGAAAAAGAAAAGAAAGAUCAUAGUGAGUCAGAUAUUGACAGCUGCUGUCACACAGUGGAUUCUUGGUUCUUUCUGUAUCUCCACACUGAUUUUACCUCAACAUCAAUUAAGCUUUAAAUUGGACUAUUUCAGCACAACAUACUGAAGGAAGGUUCAUUCAGCAACAGUGCCAUGAAAACCAUUAUUAUUAUUAUUAUGCAUUUUUUGCACAUUUUCCAUAUUGAAUUUGGUCUAGUCUUUUUUCUAAAAUGCAGUAGUAUAGGCACAUAUAAAGAGUCUGAGAAAAGUAAAAUGCCCUUCUUUGGUUCUUCUCUCAUUGUUUAAUGUGCAGGCUAGUAAAACAUAUAACCUUUGGGCAUGAAAAGUAGUUCCCCUCCCCGAGUAGGCUCAACCCAUCGAGGUGGGGACAGCUGAUAUAGGCCAGUCCAUUCCCAAACUGAAUCUUAUUAUCACACUGAGGGUUUCUCUGAUGUAUCUUCACUUCAUCCCGAAGGUCUUUGAGGGUGAAAUUCUGGACAACUAUUUGUACACAUAAAAACUUGGAGGGUGUGUUCUUAAUGCACUUUGUCGUCUCUAAUUUGGCUACAAAACUCACUUAUGAAACUUAUUAUGACAGAAUUACACUGAAUGUUCCAUAAAUUCACGUCCUAUACGGUUAAUCACAAUAAACUAUUAAAACAAAAAGGAGUAAAGGCAACUUCUUGUCUCUGUAUUGGCCUGGUUCUGUCAUAUAUAACAUUAGACAGAAUUCCACACUUUCGGUCCCCAGUUACUAAUAACACUACAUACAACGAGGAAUUUAAUCUUAAUCUUAUCGCUGUAGCCAUUGGUCAAUUUCUAACCUUUGCUGGAAACAGUGCUCUGCAACCUGAUGACCAUGUUUACUUGUCACUAAAGAAAGAAUCCAAAGGUAGUUCACCAAAACAGAUAGAUAGUAGAUGGUAUGGGUGGAGAAUCAUUGCUCCAGCUUAAAAAUAUCAAAAACCAAAUAUCCUAAAAAAUGUUCCAAAGACUACAAGCGAAGUGUCUGGAGACCUCAAUACUUAUUCAGUGAAAUGCAUGCACGCAAAGAAGUUUCAGCAAAAUCCUAUCUUAUCAUUCAUCAACUAAUGAAGUGCUACGAAACACAUUCAAAGACACUUGUCUUUUAAAUAAUCGUAAUCUUUGAGAGAGAUGACAAAUGGUUCUGGCUUUGAUUUUGUAAGGGCCUUCUAACUACAUAAACUGUGUAUUUAAGCUAUAGUAUGUUGCUUGAUUUCUAACUUUGCUGUACUGAGCUGUAAUUGCAUUUCUCAAGACUAGACUGUUCCUAUUUGCCUUUGAUAUUAUCUAUUAAUGUGCAGAAAAUAUGAAGUAAUGUUUGCAUGCAUACAAAUGGACUGGGGCUGGAAACAGCUAAGGUCUUGUGUAUCUUGUCCAGAACAGGACUGUUAUACUCAAACACUGAAGUGAUCAACGAACUGAAAUAUGAGUUACAACCAAUGAUAUGGUCACUCACAUUGUAAAUGUUUACCUGAUGAAAAUGUACACAUUGUAAUACAUCAAUUAAAACACUUUAGAGA